AUGCUUAAAUAUUGUUCUUUUGGUGGAAGGCAAUUUGAUUGUUGUCUUUAUGCUAAAGGGAUAUUGACUGAUAUUGGCAAAUGUUAUCAAUUAAAUUUUGAUGAAGCAGAUCAGUCCUGGUUAAAACACCAAGUACAGGCUGGGAUAAAUAAUGGAUUGCAAAUCAUAGCUGAUGCCCAUACAGAGGAACAAAUCGUUUCUGCUGCAAUAAAUUCUGGUCAUGCUCUAGCAGAAAUAUUUGAAAACGGAUUUCGUUAUUAUGUUCAUGAUCAAAAUGCAAUGCCCUAUUUAUCGACAGAGGGAAUUAGUGUAUCCCCUGGGACUAAAGUAUAUUCUGCUAUAAGCCCAACAAAUUAUUUAUUAUUAUCUCAUAAUGAAUGGGGAAAUUGUACAAAUGAAUGGCCUUUAAAUUUAAAUAAAAUUGAAAAUUCUGAUGGUGGAAGUGGAAGUUUAAUCACUCUUGAUGAAAAUUUACCCUACUCUUUAUUAAAAUGCAAAACAAUUUGCUUAGCAAAAUAUUUUUAUGAGCGUUGUGGUUGUAGUCCUUUUAUUUACAAUAUUGAGGAAUAUUUUUCUGUUUGUACACCCUAUGAUACAUAUAAAUGUAUAAAUGAUGGAAGAAAUAUUACCACAAAAAAUCAAACUGACGAAAAUAAUGAGGAGGAAGAGGAUGAUUAUUCUCUUGUUGAAGAAUUACCAACUUGUACUGAAUGUAAAAUGGAAUGUCAUCGUUCUGUUUAUCAUAUAUACAAUUCUUAUGCUCAAGGAUUUUCUCAAAGCUUUUUGUCUUGGAUACAAAAGAAGAAAAUUGAAUGGACGCCUAAACAUGUUCAGUAA